CUGGCUGCGAAUGCUUUGACAUGUCGGAUGUUCUCACUGGUUCCGUAAACUGUUUAGGGAAAUAAGUUUAUAAAACCGACCAACUGUUGACAUUAUUCGGAGAUCUACUACAGCAAUGUAGAAAACAGUUCAUGUUAUGCAUCACCUUUCUCUUUUAUUGAUGUGACGUUAGUGUACAUUGCUGAGAGCAGCUGUUUCAGCGGAGGCUAGCUAGGGUUAUCGAACUUUCAAGAUCCCCGAUGGCAAAGUUUAAAGCGUUAUUAGAAUCCUUCAGGAGGGCUUUUAAGAUCGAUAUGCUCAGGGAAGUUGCCCGGCAGUAUCCUUUCAUAUGCUUUUUGUUGAUGUUCUUGUUAUCAUCAACCAUAAUUCUUAACAGGUAUCUGCAUGUUCUGAUGAUAUUUUGGUCAUUUCUGGCUGGAGCAGUCACUUUCUACUGUUCACUGAGUCCAGACUACCUCGUGCCCAGUGUUUUCUUUUCUGUGAAGACCAAGGACAAACGGCCAGAACAGUCGGAGCUCUUCCCGCACGGUCACAGCUGUGCUGUUUGUGGGAAAAACAAGUGCAAAAGACACCGGCCAGCUCUGCUUAUGGAAAACUACCAGCCAUGGCUGGGUUUGAAAGUUCACUCUAAGGUGGAUGCAUCCAUUGGAGAGGUGCUGGAGUUAGUUCUGGAGAACUUUGUGUAUCCUUGGUACAGGGAUAUUACAGAUGAUGAAGCAUGUGUGGAUGAACUAAGGCAGACAUUCCGUUUUUUCGCAUCAGUUAUGGUCCGUCGGGCCCAGAAGGUGGACGUGCCGUCAGUUGUCACCGGAAAAAUGAUGAAGGCAGCCAUGAAGCACAUAGAGAUCAUUGCGAAAGCAAAUGAGAAAGUUAAGAACCCUGAAGCUCUACAGCAGGCUGCACUGGAGGAGUACGGAGCUGAUCUACAUUUUGCCCUGCGUAGCCGUCAAGAUGAGCUGCAUUACCUGAGGACACUCACAGACAUGCUCUUCCCUUACAUCAUGCCCCCAAAAGCUACCGAGUGCAGGUCCCUGGCCCUGCUGAUUCGAGAGGUCAUGACGGGCUCUGUGUUCCUCCCCACCAUGGAUUUUGUGGCAGACCCGGACACAGUGAACCACAUGGUGCUCAUAUUUAUUGAUGACACUCCUCCAGAACAGGCGACAGAGCCUCCGUCUUCACUCGUGCCCUUCCUGCAGAAAUACGCCGACUCGCGCAACAGGAAGCACUCGGUGCUAAAGCUGGACCUGAAGACGAUUCGUAAGCAGCAGGAUCUGUUAUUCCACUUCAUGAGUUUCCUGAAACAGGAGGGAGCCGUCCACGUUUUGCAAUUCUGCCUCACUGUGGAGGAGUUCAAUGAUAAGAUCCUGCACCCAGAACUCAGCGAUUCUGAGAUGCAGCACCUCCACAGGGAGGUGCAGAAGCUUUAUGAGACGUAUUGCCUGGAGGAGAGCAUCGACAAGAUCAGCUUCGACCCUUUCAUCAUCGAGGAAAUCCACAACAUUGCACAGGGGCCAUAUACCGGCGUGGUGAAGCUGCAGACCAUGCCUUGUCUCUUUGAGGCAUAUGAGCAUGUCCUCUCUCUGUUAGAGAACGUCUUCACCCCACUCUUCUGCCACAGUGAUGAGUACUUCUCCUACCUGCUGUGUGGCGCUGAAUAUCCUGCCAGGAUUGCUAAACUAAACAGGAAUUUGAGUAUGGAUGAUAUAAGGAUGGCACCUAAGCGGGGGGAUUCGUUUGGGAUCGGCCGCAUUGGCAGUAAACUGAAGGGAGUUUUUAAGAGCACCACCAUGGAAGGAGCCAUGGUACCCAAUUAUGCCAUGGUCGAGGGUGAAGAGGACCAGAUUUUGUGUGUGGGUGUGAAUGAGGUUGAGGAGGGCACCGUGGUGGUGGAGGAUGAUGCCCCCGCCCCAGCAGAAGUGGUCUCUACCCCGGGGGUGCAACGGAACCUGUCUGCUUGGACCAUCUCUAUCCCGUAUAUAGACUUUUAUGAAGAUGAAGCCAAGAAGGAGCGGGUGCCCGUCUUCUGCAUUGACGUGGAACGUCACGACCGUCAGCCUGUGGGUCAUGAGGCAGAAAAGUGGUCUGUUUACAGGAGAUACCUUGAAUUUUAUGUCCUUGAGUCCAAACUCACUGAGUUCCAUGGUUCAUUCCAGGAUGCACAGCUUCCUUCCAAAAGAAUUAUAGGACCAAAAAACUUUGAGUUCUUAACCUCUAAGAGAGGUGAAUUUGAGGGAUACCUACAGAACUUGUUGGGGCGCCCUGAGCUGAGUAACAGUCAGCUUCUGGCUGACUUCCUUUCUCCUCACAGCAUGGAGACACAGUUUCUUGAAAAGAUGUUGCCUGAUGUUAAUUUGGGAAGGAUUUUCAAAUCAGUACCAGGGAAACUUAUGAAGGAGAAAGGGCAGAAUCUUGAGCCGUUUCUGCAGUCCUUCUUCAUCUCAUGCGACUCUCCCAAGCCCAGGCCGAGUCGUCCUGAAGUCACCAUCCCCAGCCCCACAGCCAAGCUAUACAAUGACCUUUACAAAAACAAUGCCGACCAGCCAGACAGCACAAACAGGAAGUACAAACAGAACUUCUUCAUGGAGGUCAUGGAGAUGGAGGGGGUUUAUGACUACAUGAUGUAUGUUGGUCGUGUGGUUUUCCGCAUACCUGACUGGGUGCACCACAUGAUGUGUGGGGGCCGUAUACUGUUUAAGAGGACCCUGGAGGCAUACAUGGAACACUACCUUCAGUCCAAACUGGACAAGAUCCUGCAAGAGCACCGCCUCAUCUCCCUCAUCACCCUACUCAGAGAUGCCGUGUUCUGUGAGACAAAUGAAGAACGCUCACCAGAGGACAAGCGGAGGAGAGCCAAGCAAACCUUUCAAGAGAUGAUGGGCUACCUACCAGAUAUGGUAGUAAAGUGCAUGGGAGAGGAGAACCAAUAUGAGGGCGUCCAGCUGCUCUUCAGCGGGAUACAGCAACCCCUGCUCAACAAACAGAUGACUUAUGUGCUUCUGGACAUUGCUAUUCAGGAGCUGUUUCCAGAGCUCAGGAUGGUAGACCUCACACCAACUCACUGAGAAAGAGGGCCUAUGGCUAGACAUACAGAAUAAACAGACACCUACAAAUUUGAAAUCUACAGAGACCUUGAUUGAUUUUGCAAUGUUUAUUGCACUACUGAAAUACAAAAAUAAAUAUAUUUAUUAAUAGUUUUA